GGCGUCUUGCCGGGAGCGGAGCCUUAGAGGUGGGCAGCGGGUUUCCGGUUCCGGGAGCAACGAACGGCCGCGGCAGCGACAGCUAUCGCUUCAGAGGAAGCGUCUGCGGAGGAGGAAGAAGAGCAGGGCAAGGCGGGAGUCACAGGCGGGACCCUCGCCAUGGGUCCGCGGACCUAGAGCGGCGGAAGCUACCGGCCCGGUGCCGAGCUGGCCGCUGCUCCUUCCUGUGGCCCCCAUGGCUGAGGACUGGCUGGACUGCCCAGCCUUGGGCCCCGGCUGGAAGCGCCGUGAAGUCUUUCGAAAGUCAGGUGCCACCUGUGGACGCUCAGACACCUAUUACCAGAGCCCCACAGGAGACAGGAUCCGAAGCAAAGUUGAGCUGACCCGAUACCUGGGCCCUGCGUGUGACCUCACCCUCUUCGACUUCAAACAAGGCAUUCUGUGCUAUCCAGCCCCCAAGGCCCAGCCCUUAGCUGUCCCUAGCAGGAAGCGGAAGAAGCCUUCACGGCCAGCCAAGACUCGAAAACGUCAGGUUGGACCUCAAAAGGGUGAGGUCAGGAAGGAGGCCCCAGGAGAUGAGACCAAGGCUAAUGCUGACACAGCCCCAGCUUCACUCCCUGCACCUGGGUGCUGUGAGAACUGUGGAAUCAGCUUCUCAGGAGAUGGUACCCGAAGGCAGCGGCUCAAGACAUUAUGCAAGGACUGCCGAGCGCAGAGAAUUGCUUUCAACCGGGAACAGAGGAUGUUUAAGCGUGUGGGCUGCGGGGAGUGUGAGGCCUGCCGGGUAACCGAGGACUGCGGGGCCUGCUCCACCUGCCUUCUGCAGCUGCCCCAUGAUGUGGCCUCGGGGCUGUUCUGCAAGUGUGAGCGGAGACGGUGCCUCCGGAUUGUGGAAAGGAGCCGAGGGUGUGGAGUGUGCCGGGGCUGUCAGACCCGAGAGGACUGUGGCCGUUGCCGAGUCUGCCUUCGCCCUCCCCGCCCUGGUCUCAGGCGCCAGUGGAGGUGUGUCCAGCGGCGCUGCCUACGGCACCUUGCCCACCGUCUCCGUCGCCACCAUCAGCGAUGUCAACGACGCCCUCCCCUAGCUGUGGCUCCCCCUGCUGGUAAACGUAGCCGCCGUAGAGGAGGCUGCGACUCCAAGAUGGCUGCCCGGCGGCGCCCCCCCCGAACCCAGCCAUUGCCUCCAGUUCCCCUGUCACAGCCUCCAGAGUCCCCAGAGCUGCACCCCAGAGCCCUGGUCCCCUCGCCACCUGCCGAGUUCAUCUAUUACUGUGUAGACGAGGACGAGCUACAGCCUUACACCAAUCGCCGGCAGAACCGCAAGUGUGGGGCCUGUGCAGCCUGCCUACGGCGGAUGGACUGUGGUCGCUGCGACUUCUGCUGUGACAAGCCUAAAUUUGGGGGCAGCAACCAAAAGCGCCAGAAGUGUCGUUGGCGCCAAUGCCUGCAGUUUGCUAUGAAGCGGCUGCUGCCUAGUGUCUGGGCAGGAUCUGAGGAUGGGGCAGGGCCGCCCCCACCUUACUCUCGUCGAAAGAGGCCUGGCUCUACUCGAAGGCCCCGUCUGGGUCAGAUACUGAAGACCUCCUUGACCACACCCACAAGCCGACCAGGCCAUGCCCAGACUCAAAUGAAACAAGAAACAGGCAGUGGCUUUGUGCUGCCUCCACCUGGCACUGAUCUUGUGUUCUUACGGGAAGGUGCAAGCAGUCCCGUGCAGGUGCCUGGCCCUGCUGCAGCUUCCACAGAAGCCCUGUUGCAGGAGGCCCAGUGCCCUGGCCUGAGUUGGGUUGUGGCCUUACCCCAGGUGAAGCAAGAGAAGGCGGAUGCCCAGGAAGACUGGACACCGGGCACAGCCAUCCUGACUUCUCCUGUAUUGCUGCCUGGCUGCCCCAGCAAGGCAGUGGACCCAGACUUGCCACCUGUGAAGCAAGAGCCACUGGACCCUGAGGAGGACAAGGAGGAAGAGAGCAAGGAUGACUCCGCCUCUGACUCGGCCCCAGAGGAGGAGGCAGGAGGGGCUGGCACACCCGUGAUCACGGAGAUUUUCAGCCUGGGUGGAACCCGCCUCCGGGACACAGCAGUCUGGUUGCCAAGGUCCAAGGACCUUAAAAAACCUGGAGCUAGAAAGCAGUAGACUGGAGGCUUCUGCAGACUGUAGGAUUCAAGGUGAUAAUUUACAGACUGGCUUUAUGAGAGACAACACUGAUCUACUCAGAGCUGGACCAUAGGCUGAGGGGCUUAUGUAGGGUUCAAUAGGAACUGGAAAACCCCACCACCAAACCUGAGAAUCAGGCCUGUUCAGUACUUUGAGAUUAUAGAGGAAGUAAGCAGGAAAGGAAGAGAAAGAAUAGAAAGUUGUAUCUGCUCCAACUGGUGCGAAUCUCGGGAGCUUGACUGAUGAGAAGUGUGGAUAUUAUGGGUGGGGGAUCUGGGGUGGAGAGGGGAUGUAAAAGCCACCACAAAACAGCCUAUACAAGCCAUCUUCAUAAUAAUUUUUCAAUGGCUUCUGGAUGAGACCUGGUAGUGUUUCUGAACAUUUCCAUUUCCACAGAAAGACAGCAUUUGAAAAUGUAAUGUGAAUAAAUGAGGAAAGGAACUGCUAUUUGGUUAGUUCCUCCUACUGAUCUAUUUAAUUCUCAAGUCUUUUUAGGAAGACAAUGAUUUUUGCCCAUUUUUACAUACGGGAAAACAGACUCAAAGAAAUUACAUAACUUGUCCAGUGUCAAACAGCUAGUAUCAAUAAGCAUAGAAUCAAAUCCAGGUUGUAAAAACCUUGUUGUUUAAGCCACCAAACGGUAAGCCAUAAUGACUAUAUUCGAUAAUGUGUAAUGUUAUAGUAACAGAAGUUUCCAGUGACCUUGAAAACAAGGUGGACUACUCUAAACAGAACAAAUCCUUUACACUGCUGCCUCUAGCGUGGUUUAGGGAGUGCCAAGAUUGUAUGGAUGGGGUCACCUUAUCACAACACCCUUGCAUCCAAGAGACUGGGUUCUUCCCAGGCCUUGGGUGUCGUAAAUAUUUCUCAAACACUAAAGGACAUCCUUCCCCAGUGGACACUUCAUUUUGCUUGUUACCCUCAUUCUCCUCUGCCAAAGCAGUCUUCAGAAGUAAAGCUGCCAGCCUGGCUCAUCUUUGCUGACAACUUACCUCCCUUGCCUAUUGAUGACUUUUGUGCUUGGUUUCUGCUCUUGGCCCCUCUCUGUUAGGAGUAUGAAUUCCUGCUUCCAAGUCCUGCAUAAAGGCCAGUCUUGACUCAUCCCUGUCUCACUUCCCAGUUCUUCAUAAAGUGCCGGAAAGUUCAGGCCUGCAGUUUGUUAUGUAGCCAGCUUCACAGGGCUGUGACUGAGUGCAUGCCUCCUUAAAUUUUGUAGCUGUCUGUCUUCCCCUGCCUUUUUCUAGUCCCAGCCCCGCAGCUUUAGGUAUUUCACAUGUAGAUUAGAUAUUUCCCUACCCUUAACCCUUUCUGCCACCCUCCUCUGUUCCUUCCUUUGCCUUACCUACUUGAGCCAGAGUCAAGACUGGAUAAUUUACUGAUACUGUUUUGCCCUCCCCAGGACCCAGCCACCCAACCCUAGUAUUCUGUAAUGUCCUAAAUGAAAUUUAUUUGAUGGGCAUUCAGACUCUUCUAAGAGUCUGGCUACAGUGUGUAUCACAGUACCAUUGGAAAAGCAGCACCACUAAUUAUAUAUACAUAUGCAUAUGUAGGUAUAUGUGUAUAUGUGUAUAUUUUAAGGGACUUCUAGGGAUUUGACCUUAUGUAGUAGUGGGAGCUGGUUAAACAGUCUCUGUAAGGCUGUUGUCUUUACAUCUAAUGCUGGAGCUUGAAGUCUGCAGGGCAGGCAAUCGGGAAGGGAAGAUGGAUGUAAAGUGUGGGAGACGGAGGACGCUUUGGCGCGCAGGAGCACGAGCACGAGCACGAGCACGAGCUGGAACCGGCGAAGAUGGCCUAGAACCCAUGUCAGUCUCU